AUGCCUGAUAGCACUCCCCCGCCCGGCGGGUCCCAGUCACCCAGAGCUGACCGGUCAGACGAUGACUUCCAUCUCGCCAACGAGUGGCCCGAUGACGGGGAAGACGACGAUAUGGAUUUUGAACCGGCGUCCGAAGCCACCGAUAACAUCGAAUUCAUCGACGAAGAAGAAGAGGGAGAGGAAGAAAGUGACGACGAUGUGGCUCAAGCAACGGGCUUGUUCCGCGACUCGGAUGGCAAUAUACAGAUUGAGCUUACUAUGGGAUCGUUGGGCGACGAACCCGGAGAAGAAGAGAGCGGUGGUCGGACCACGAGAAUGUCCCCAGCACAAGUCCUCUCGCUGCUUAAUGCCGGAGGGCUGCGUCGUAUCUUGCAGACCCACGGUUUGCUUGGCGGCGGCCUUCUCGCUGGUGACGACGACGGCGAUGAGUACGGUAACUACGGUUAUGGUGGCUAUAGAUUCCGCCGACGACGAACAGCCGGCCACGCCUUUCCAAAAGUCCCAAGUGAAAACGGGCGAGCAUUGAUGAACUCUGGCUCUUAUGGAAACAACCUCAGCCAUGUGGACGAACAGAAAAAACGAAAAAAGACGUUAGCUACGAAGCUGAUGUGGCGCGAGCUCGGGAUUGGGACGCCUAGCGAUCAGAAGCGAGACGUGCGAACAGUGUUUCAGGACUUAAUUCCUGGGACGACCGCGGACAAGAUCAUUCACUAUGAUACGCGAUGCUACUCGGGCCAAUUCUCAGACGAUGGAAACUUUUUCUUUUGCUGCGGGCAAGACUUUAGAGUGCGAAUGUAUGACACGUCAAACCCAUACGAUUGGAAGUACUACAAGAAGGUCCGGUAUCACGGCGUUGGGCAGUGGACCAUUACCGAUGCCACCUUGAGUCCAGAUAAUAGGUAUUUAGCGUACAGUUCAAUUCACCAUGAAGUCUCAUUAGCGCCAACGGACCCCUACGACACUUCCGAACCAAUGUCACUUGACUUUUCCAGCUCGAGAUAUGGACAUAGAGGCCCUCGUCAUUGGGGGAUAUGGUCAUUACGAUUUUCAGGCGACGGUCGAGAGAUUGUCGCAGGUACUUCAGAUCGGUCAGUAAUCGUAUACGACAUUGAAACGCGGCAAACCGUACUACGGCUGCAAAAACAUGAAGACGAUGUCAAUGCCGUCUGUUACGGUGACACUUCAUCCCCGCACAUUCUCUACUCAGGCUCCGACGAUACCACAAUUCGGGUCUGGGAUCGACGAUCGAUGAACGAUAGCCGAGAGGCUGGUGCUUUUGUGGGGCAUACAGAAGGCCUGACCUAUGUUGACAGCAAAGGUGAUGGCCGCUAUGUGCUGUCAAACGGAAAAGACCAGACGAUGAAACUAUGGGACUUGCGGAAGAUGGUGACCACGGAACAGCUCGACAAGAUCAAUAUCAACCAUUAUACUACCGGCUUUGACUAUCGAUACAUGGACUAUUCAGACGAAUAUUACGCACCGCAUCCGCACGACUGCUCUGUAGUGACCUUCCGAGGCCACCGGGUGCUAAAGACAUUGAUUCGCUGUCACUUUUCGCCGCCGUCUAGUACCAACUCACGAUACGUAUAUUCUGGCAGUGAGGAUGGCAAAGUGUACAUUUACAACAUGGACGCAACGAUCGCCGGGGUAAUUGAUGUUGGAAGUGUGACCUAUCAAUCACGGCCACAGGAGCGAGAUAUAUUCGCAACCGAGUACGAGAUGAGGAGCGGCGAUUAUGCUUGGAGAACAUGUGUCCGCGAUGCAAGCUGGCAUCCGUCGGCGCCUGUCAUGGCUGCUACUUCGUGGAACGGCUGGGGCAUGGCGACCGGCACAUGCACAGUGCACUCCUGGAACGACAAGGCUACAGAGGACGAAGGCAUGCCAGAGCUCGGUACGAGUUUCGACGAAGAAUUGCACUACAGCCGCGAAUACAAUGAUUUCCGCGCCAAUGCGAUUCGUCGUGAGCGCGAGCGUAAUCGCAGAGAUGUAACGCACGGA